AUCCUCUAGCAACAUAAACCGGAAAAAGACGCGCUUGCUCAGAUUCGCUGGAGUAUUUGCGUGGUUCUGUUUGCCCCCACUUUCGCGAGCUUAUUUUAAACAUUUUAGCGUUGGCUCGCAGUUCAGGAGGUUUGCUCUGUGGAGGGUUUAGGACAUGUUUUGAUGAUGUCCGCUGCGGUGCGCGUUCGGCGCAGAGGAAUCAGUCACGCGCGCAUUUCUCUCUGUCAUUGCUGCUUUCUGGAAACUUCCUGACUGAAAAAAAAACAACGAAGAAACUAACACAUCGACGGUACGUCGCUCGGAUGCGUCUCUAGAGGCCGGGUGUUGUCUUACAUCCUUUUCAGCGACCUGUAUCUCAAAUCGUGUGUUCCGUUGCUUGCAUUUCUGUACUGGAAACGCAUAUUGUGUCCUAAACGUGGCUCUAUUUCAUUCAGGAGGCUUCUAUAUCUUCUGCACUGUUCAGGAUCUGCAGUCUGGAUACCAUGAGGUUGGCAGGACCACUGCGUGCAGUCGCCAUCGUAUUCCUUGUAGGCUUGACUUGGCUUCUGGCAAGUUCCAUACUAGGAGGAGAUGGAAGUUCGGUCAUGAAAAUGUUCUUUACUGGUGCACAAGACGAAUCCACUACAGAACCAUCACCACACAAGUACAAGUGUGGCCUCUCCGCCCCAUGUCCUCCUAAACACCUUGCGUUCCGUUUGAUUUCUGGAGCUGCGAAUGUUAUCGGACCGAAAAUCUGUCUGGAAGAUAAGAUUCUUAUCAGCAGUGUGAAGAACAAUGUUGGCAGAGGACUCAACGUCGCCUUGGUAAACGGGGUCACCGGAGAUCUGUUGGAAACCAACUCAUUUGACAUGUGGGAAGGAGAUGUGUCCAAGUUGCUGAAGUUUCUGCGCCCUCUCCAUGAAGGAACCCUAGUGUUUGUGGCAUCCUUUGACGAUCCAGCCACCAAGUUGAAUGAUGAGGCACGGCGGCUGUUCGAGGAGCUGGGCAGCACAGCAAUAAAGGAGCUAGCAUUCAGGGACAGCUGGGUGUUUGUGGGAGCCAAAGGAAUACAAAACAAAAGCCCAUUUGAGCAGCGAUUGAAGAACAGCAAAAGUAGUAAUAAAUACGAGGGCUGGCCGGAGUCUUUGGAGAUGGAUGGCUGCAUUCCUUUACGUGCCCCCUUAGAGAGCUAAUCUCUCAUUCGGACAAGCAUCAAAGAAGGAAGUGCACUAUACACCACCACUGACUACACCGGUUCAGACAGGGUGAACUCUUGGAUCACACUACCUAAACGCUUUCUUACUGGUGGAAGGGGGAAAAAAAAAAUUAAAUAACAAAUCCAGUUGGUAACAAAGUCUUUAUUGUAAAAGUCAGCCUCAACACUUUUAGGACAGUACAAGAUUUAAAAUAUGUUAUGACUGUACCUAUCUGUUGUAUACUAGCCAUAAGCACUCGCAUUUUUAUAUGUAAAGCGUUAACUUAACAUUAUUAAUCCAUGCCUCCGUUGACCAAAAGUAUGUUGUGCUUCAUGGAUAAACCUAUAACUUCUAAUAUUUAGAAACAUUCCUAGUAAAUGGUGUUGGGGAGUUGGUAGUGUUACGCAAUAAGGAAUGUCUGUCUUUGUGUUUAAAAAAUUUUUUAAUACACUUUUGCCAUAAUUUAAAUGAAAUGUGACCCAUAGUUGCUGUGAACGUCAUGCCAUCAUUUUAUAGUAAAAAAAAAAAAGUGUGCACUAUAUUUUAAGUAGAAUUGAUCAAAUAAAAUAUUAAUGUGAUAUUA